UCUCUCGGACAUGAAACUAAUAACUACUAGCUGAGCUUCUCUUGUCGUUGUCAUGUCGGAUCAUCUGUGACAGUCCCAACAAAUGAACCGAGCUGUCUCGCGCCUGCAGCGGUGGGCGGGGUCGUUGCUGGUUCAGGCGCUCGGCGGGCGCGUGCUGUCAUCCACACCUGGUGAUGACCGUUGAUUACUUCAUGACACCGUCGUUACUUUUUUUUUUUUUUUUUUUUUUUUAAAUGUAGCCACUGAAAAAAACUAAGUCGACACACGUCUUUUUGUACUUUUGGACCAAAAAAAAGAAAACGGAAAACCCGGUGAGAGAAGAUAUUUCGACGUUAUUUGGAAACCGGGAACAGUAUGAAAACCGUUAAGGACGAUGGAGAGGUGACCGGCUUGUCGGUGAAUCGAUUUACUGGAGAGGCGCCUCCCUCUGGGAUGUCCAAGAAUGGAUACUUUUUUCAAGAAAUGGAGCAGCGGGAGGCAGAGCAGGAGGAGGGCAGCGAGGGCCGAGAGGAGGGACAGGACUCGCCAAUCGCCUGCGGAGAUGACAUCCACCUCUAUGACAACCAGAUCAGCCCUGGGCCAGAUGCUGAUGACUCUGGUUGUGUGUUACUGAACACAUCAAGAAGGUAUGUGAAGCUGAUGAACUUUGAGGAGGAGAUUCGUGCACACCGGGACCUGGAUGGCUUCCUGGCGAGGGCCAGCAUCCUGCUAGACGAGACCGCUGCAUCCCUGGACGACGUUCUGAAGAGAAUGUUGCACCAUGUGGGCCAGGACAGCAAUGCAUCUGAGCCCAGCUGCAACUUCGAGGAGGUGAUGAGCAUGCUUUUCACAGAUGCAGGAGCCCAGGAGGUCAACGUCCACCUGCUGUCAGAGACGAUCCAGGGAGUGACAGCCACCGCCACCGGGGUCCAGUACCAGCAGUCCUGGCUCUGCAUCCUCUGCAACGUGAAGCAUCUCCAGAGGCGUCACGUGUGCAUCUCUCGCCUGGAGAGGCCGCAAAACUGGGGGGAGAACUGCUGCGAGGUCCGCUAUGUCAUCCUGAUACUGGCCCCGCUCAAAAUGAAAAGCACCAAGACAGCGAUGGAGCUGGGCAGGACGUUCGCCACCAUGUUCUCUGACAUCUCCUUCAGGCAGAAGCUGCUGGAAACAAAGACGCAGGAGGAGUUUAAGGAGGCACUGGUGUUCCAGAGGCACCAGCUGACAGCAGCCAACCAGCAGCCCACCGCUCUGGGGAAAGAGGAGACUGACCCCCGCAGUCACAAACCUCUCAAGUGUAAAGAUUUCUUCAAAGCUGGCCGGGGGAUUUAUGAGGACUUGUGCCGCAGACUGCCUCUCUACGCCUCUGACUUCACAGAUGGUAUAGUUGGCAGUAAUAAAACCCUACUGAAGUACAUGACCACAGCCAUCUUCCUCUACAUCGCCAUCCUCCUCCCCGCCAUCGCUUUCGGCUCCCUCAAUGACGAGAGCACACGUGGUGAAAUUGAUGUCCGGAAGACCAUCAUCGGUCAGAGCAUUGGUGGGGUCAUCUACUCGUUGUUCGCCGGUUCUCCUCUAGUCAUCCCUCUAACCACAGCUCCCCUUGCUAUCUUCAUCAGCGUGAUCCGAGGAAUCUGUGAUGACUACAACCUGGACUUCCCGGCAUUCUACGCUUGCAUUGGUCUGUGGAACUGCCUCUUCCUCAUCCUGGGAGGGAUCUUCAAUGUCAGCCUUGUCAUGAAGCUCUUCAAAAGGUCAACGGAGGAGGUCAUCGCCUUGUUCAUUUCCAUCGCAUUUGUAGUCGAUGCAGUCAAAGGCACAGUCAAAAUCUUUCAGAGGUACUACCACGCACCGACACUGGCCAACAGAAGCAUAGAGGACUUACCCCGGGGUGGAGACCUGCUGGGGGGAAACAGAAGUGAGGUGGCGGCGGGCUUGGUGCUCAACACCCUCCCUGAAUCCUUCAUCCAAUGCACUCGAGAAAGGCCUGUCCUCUGCCUCCUGCUGAUGAUGGGAACAUUAUGGAUGGGUUACACCCUCUACCAGUUCAAAAGGAGUCCAUUCCUGCAUGCCAAAGUGAGGGAGGUGCUGUCAGACUGCGCCCUGCCGAUUUCAGUGCUCAUGUUCUCCUUCAUCGGCUCCUACCUGUUCAGUGAUAUUGAGCUUCCAGUCUUUAAAGUUCAUGACCGGCCCAUCUUCAACGUGGCUCCGUUCGAGCGGCUCUCGGCCAUGAACGUUGUCAGCGCCAUGGGCCUCGGCUUCCUCUUGGCCCUCCUCAUCUUCAUCGACCAGAACAUCGUCGUCUCGCUGACAAACGCACCAGAGAACAGGUUGCUGAAGGGCAAGGCGUAUCACUGGGACCUGAUGCUCUCUGGGCUCAUUAACAUCCUGAUGUCGGUGCUGGGGUUGCCCUGGAUGCACGCAGCCUUCCCUCACUCCACCCUCCAUGUGCGCCAGCUGGCUUUCGUGGAGCAGCGCGUGGAGGGAGGGCACCUCUACGAGACUAUCGUCCAGGUGAAGGAGACCCGGCUGACGUCUCUGGCUGCCAACAUUUUCAUCGGCGUGUCGGUGCUGCUGCUGCCCGUCCCACUGCAGUGGAUCCCCAAACCUGUCCUCUAUGGCCUAUUCCUUUACAUCGCCCUCACCUCCAUCGAUGGAAACCAGAUGUGCGACCGCAUGGCUCUCCUCCUCAAGGAGCAGACGUCUUACCCGCCCACCCACUACAUCCGCAAAGUGCCCCAGAGGAAGAUCCACUAUUUCACCUUCCUGCAGAUGAUGCAGCUGCUGGUGCUGUGUACGUUUGGCAUGUACCCCAUACCGUACAUGAAGAUGAUCUUCCCUCUGGUCAUGAUCCUGCUGAUCCCAAUCAGGAACAACGUGCUUCCUCAUAUCAUUGAGGCCAAAUACUUGGACAUAAUGGAUGCCCAACACAUGUAGCCACAGAUGGAGACAAGCUCUGUGUCCACAAAAAAGACGUCUGGAAUGGAAAAAAAACACAAAAAAAACACAAAAAAAAAGAAAUGAGGGAUGAAAAAAAAACAUAUUUUUCAAUGCAAAACUGUAUGGAAGCAAAAAGGAGAAAUACCGACUGUUUUGAUUUUUGUAUCAGAUAAGAACAUUCUUACAGGUGAAGCACUGGAAAUGUGGGGAAGUCGUGUUGAAGAAGAGAGACGAGAGCCGUGGGAAAUGUUUUCCAAACGUGGACAGACAGAAUCUCUCUGAGGAAAAAGCUCUACCAAUAAACGGGACCGUCCAGAACUCCCUGUUUCACCUCCGUUUUGACCCUGUCAGAUCGCUCAGUGCCAUAUACCUCCAUGUUCUCCUCUCACACCUUUUACUUUGUAUGGUAACACUUUACUAUAUCGUUAUUGCAGUGUAUUCAUCUGUGUUUUAACCUGUGGGGUAAGUACUUGAAGUACUCACUAAUACUGUGUAAGUAAUAAAAAUGCUGCCCAGUGUAUAUUGUAUAGUACUUAGAAAGGUGUAAUGGCACAAUGUAAGUAUGAACAAUAUCUUUUUUGACACUUUGCACUCACAUUGUGUUUUUUACACUGUCAUAUAUAAGUAAAUUUUACAUACUUACACCGUGUUGAUAAGUACUUAAAUACUUUUCCAUGGGUGAAUUAACUGGUAAGAACACUGCAUUUAGGCCACUGUACAUCUUUACCUUUUGUAUUUCUAUCAUUGUGCAGUGUUAAAACCUUUACAUUCCUGAACCUUUUAGCUGUGAUUCCCCCAGUUUUUUCUAUAAAGGACACUUGUGCCCGCACAUAUUUAGUUUCUAAGUCAUUCCAGCAAACGCCAGUGUUCAUUAAGGAGAGGAAAAAGAGUGUGUGUGUGUGUGUGUAUGUGUGUGUGUGUGUCAUGGACACAUAGCUAAUCUGUCCUUCAUCUAGCUUUCUGUCAGCUCUUUAGAAAAACCUAAUUUUUAAGGUGGAAUUUAAGUGCUCAACCGAAUAAAAAACACAUUCCACAGGUAUAUGUUAUAUGUAAUUAUUUAGAACGACAGCACAAACCAAAACAUAUAGUUAAAUCUUUAUCAAAAUCCUGAAUAUAUUAGAAUAUAUUAUGGCAAUAUACGAAGAAAAAAAAAUAUUUUAGGUUUAAAUUGAAAUAGAAUAUUUAUUUAUCAUGAUGACAGUUUAUCUUUUAAGUACAAAAUUAUAAUAUUGUGUGUUUACCCCGAACUGGAAGGAGAUCUUUGAUUCUCUCUGCUCCUUUACAUUCCACAGUUGCUGAUUCUUGUAUUUUGAGUGUUUGUCUUACAUUCGGCUUCGUCGCAGUGUUUACAUAUCAAAGUCCCUUCCAGCUCCAUGUCAAGGUCCAACACAGUUCUGGUGCAUUGCUAGUAAAGAAGAGAGGAAGUACUGGUGAAAAAAAAUAUAAAUAAAUAAAAGCUUGUUGGGUUUUUUGGGUUCAACGAAAAUGCAUCCUUUUUUUAUUUUUUAUUUUUGUGGACAAGUGUUCAAAGAUGAGUUUUAGAAUAAUCCGGUCUUGUUUUCUAUUUAGAUGUUAUGAUUAGAUCAAUGCUUGCAAACGUUGUCAUGUAAUAAUCCAGACGUCUGGAAAGAUUAUCUUGUUAUCUACAAAUGGAAAAAAAAAAAACAUUUCUAAGCACUGGUUUGCUUAAAGCAUGUCUCAUCUGGGUUUUUUGAUACAAUGUGAUGCCAAUGGACAUGUAUCCUACACACACAGAGAAAAAAAAAGAAAAAAAAAAAGAGUAGCAAGUCAAACAGUAACUUCUCAAUAAACCGAAUGCAAUGCUCAAUAUUCAGCAAUACUGUGUAUAAAAA